UGUGUGUGUGAGAUGACCUGAGGUGAAACGUUGGAGCAGUGUUCAGUGUGUGAUGGCCUUUCAAAGAUGCAGCGUCUCUGCGUUACUCUCUGUGGGCUUCUUGCUUCCUGCCUCUGCUCCUGGGGUUCCAGUGAGUCUUUAUCCGUGAUUCAGUCUCCAGCCACACUCACGCUGAGGAAAGGAGAAGACGUUCGGAUCACCUGCAGCUGGAACAUCAGCAUCACCAGACCAAAAGUGAAAUGGUUUAAAGACAAAUUUGAAUUUAACAAAACUGACAAACUCACAGAAACCCACAACAACAUCAACAGUUCGACAUUAGUUAUAAAAAACGCUGAUAUAAAUGAUGCAGGCUUUUAUAUUUGUGAAGUUACACAAGACAUUCCUCAGCUGGUGAAGGCAAAUGGAACGGGGACAAACGUUACAUACGAGAGAGAACAUGAUAAUGAAACAUGUACAACUCAGAGCAAUUCACCCACAUCGCCGCAGUCCACAGCAGGACUGUCAGUAACGGCGGUGGGGGCGUCUGUGUCUGCGGUCAUUCUGUCCAUCUGCGUGUGUCUGAGUGUGUGGAGGAUGAAAAGAGGCUGCAGAAAAUCAGAGCGAACGGUGAUAAGGGAGGGGCCUCCGAGUGAAGGAGACGAGCCAGAAAACAGCGAGGAUGGAGAUAGCUCAAGAACCUCCAGAGGAUCCACACAAUGGUAUAUGGUUCCUGUGUACGAAUCCUACUUCGAUCUGCAGAGGAGCGACGAGCAGCAGUGUGCAGACUCAGACAAGGCCGCAUGCGCUUCAGCUCUAAAAUGAUAACACAGAUAAAGACCAACAACAGGAAGUAUAGUCAGAAACCCCCGCUGAGCCUGAAACGACAGAUUGAGAAAGAUGCUAACGUUGCUUUUCGUCAGCAAAAUGUUGGUCAUUUCAGUGGAAUUCACAGCGAGCAAUGGUUUUGUGCCACAAAUCAGUUUCAUGAGCAGAACUUUGAAUCGAGUUCAACUGUGCUAUCAGGGGAUUUGCAUCGUUAACCAAGAGCUCUGACUGUGUUGAUCUCUGUGUGCAGAUUUUAUAAAAGGUUUUAGGUUUUCGUCUUUUUUGGAAAAAAACUAAGUUUAGCAAUUUAGCAAGACAGAUAGAUUGCUAAAAAGCCUCCAGUGUACAAACUUUAUAAGGAGCUGGUACUGCUUAGUGCUGUUAAAUUCAUUGAGCAAAGUUUCAUUGCAUUUACAAAGUGCGUCACACCAAAAACAAUAAAUAGCCACAGCUUAACUGCUACGUCACAGCUAACCUGAUUGCUGCAAUGCUAAUUUUCCAGUCCUGUGUCUAUUUUGCAAGAUUUCCGGCAGUUAGCUAUAUUAGCGUGUAUUGCAUUAGCGUGUAUUGUACAAUUUUAAAAAGUGCUGAUAAUGAAGUGCAUGCAACGUGACUAUUUCUGCAGUAGUGUUUGAUGUGUGUUAGUGUUGAAGUGUUUUUUUUUCUAUGUAAACCAUGUGUGUGUGUGUGUGUGUGUGUGUGUGUGUGUGUGUGUGUGUGUGUGUUUUCUAGCUGAGGACAAUGUGCUUCUCAGUAAACUAAUCCACAGUUUAUAUAUCACUCAUUACCAUGUGAAUGAGAUAAGAUAAUAAAGUUUGUGGUGUGUGUGUGUGUGUGUGUGUGUGCAGCUCAGC